AUGGGCUCCGUGCUGCCCGGCCCCUCUCUGGGCCUGAAGUCCGUCUUCAAGCCACAGCAGCAGCAGCUCUCCCUGGCUGACGUCAUCACCUCCGACAUCCUGCACAGCUUCCUGUACGGCCGCUGGAGGCACGUGCUGGGCGAGCAGCACCACCUUCACCCGCACGAGGACCGCACCGCAACGAGCGCGAGCCCCAAGACUGCGUUCACCGCCGAGGUGCUCGCGCAGUCCUUCUCCGGAGAGGUGCAGAAGCUGUCCAGUCUGGUCUUACCGAGCGAGGUGAUUAUCGCUCAGAGCUCAGUGCCAGGAGAAGGUCUGGGUAUUUUCUCCAAGACGUGGAUCAAAGCAGGAACAGAGAUGGGGCCGUUCACCGGACGUCUGAUUUCCCCUGAACACAUAGACCUGUACAAGAACAACAACCUCAUGUGGGAGGUGUUCAACGAGGACGGGACGGUUCGGUAUUUCAUCGAUGCGAGUCAGGAGGACCAGAGGAGCUGGAUGACGUACAUCAAGUGUGCCCGGAAUGAGCAGGAGCAGAACCUGGAGGUGGUGCAGAUCGGCAGCAGCAUCUUCUACAAGGCGGUGGAGACGAUUCCUCCGGACCAGGAGCUGCUCGUUUGGUAUGGAAACUCCCACAACACGUUCCUGGGAAUCCCGGGAAUUCCUGGAAUAGACGAAGAGCAGAGCAAGAAGACAAAGACCGAUGAGUUCCACACCUGUGAAGGCUCCUCCUCUUCCUCCUCAUCCUCCUGCUCCUCCUCAUCUUCCUCCUCCUCCUCCUCGUUGUCCUCCAUCAGCGUCGGCCGCAUGCGUUGUGUCAUCUGCCACCGCGGGUUCAACUCCCGCAGCAACCUGCGCUCGCACAUGCGGAUCCACACGCUGGACAAGCCCUUCGUCUGCCGCUUCUGCAACCGCCGCUUCAGCCAGUCGUCGACGCUAAGGAACCACGUCCGGCUGCACACCGGCGAGCGCCCGUACAAGUGCCACGUCUGCCAGUCCGCCUACUCGCAGCUGGCCGGCCUGCGGGCACAUCAGAAGAGCGCCCGGCACCGGCCGACGGGGGAAGCCGCCGCCGCCGCCGCUGCUGCUGCUGCCGCCGCUGCUGCAGGGGGAGGCAUGAUGGUGCACUCCCCUCCGUCUCACCCACCGCAGCUGACCGCCAUGCCUCACCCAGCGUCUCUGGUUCACCACAUACCCACCAUGGUGCUGUGAGAGGGGGCUUUCACUCUAAAUAAGUCACAACCCAAAAAUAACUAAUCAUACAUCUGAUCUAAACUGCGUCAUCAAUAACCGCCACAGUCGAAGGGUGGCGCUAUCCCGGGCAGCGGAUUUAAACACCUGGUUCGAGUUGUAAAUUGAAACAGAAAAACCUCCUGGCUAAGUUUAGCUAAACAUUGCAGUUCGGCUUCAGAGAAGUACGUCUGAGAUUUUAGGCACGUACAUUUAGAAAACGCCAGAUUAGUCGAUCGUCCUUUCACGCUCCCAUUCAACAA